UGAAGAACAACAACGAGGUUGGCGUGAGGGAGCAAGACGGCACUGUUGGAGAUUCUGUCGGCAGAAGUCGGUGUCGGAGACUUUUGGAUUUGCCGCAUUUUACAUUUGGAGUUCCUACGCCUUUUUCUGAUCGCCUCCAAGCCUGGGCUCUGAAUAAGGUUAUUCUCCUGCAGCUAGCCUCCACAUUCUCCGUCUAUUUUGAAUUCCUGGCGCCUCUGAUUCUUCUGGCGAAUUUCGUGGAUUUUCAGUCCUUGUCUGACUUUGGCGCCGAGAGCACUUCAGUGGUCAGCAGCGAGACGACUCCAGCGCCUCUUUCCUCCACCAUUGAGAAUCACCCUCUUGUUUCCAGCAUAAGCAUGAGACCGAUUACAAGUAGUGCCAGUAGCGAGCGCAGAGCUGUGUCUGGGGGUCUGCCUUCCCUGUACUUUACAGUGUGGUCGCUGCCAGCGUUUCUAUCGUUCGCGCUCGUGCUGAAUUACGGGUUUGCCAUCGCUGGGCUGAGUUUCCAUUACGGCAUUGCGUUCCUGCAAAACGUAGACUUUUUAUCGUGGUGGGGUCCAGUCUAUUUCGUAUUUCUCACCGAUCCACUGUUGGGCAUGUGCUUUCAUGGAAAUGCAACACCUGCCGUGACCAGUACCCAACAUCAGGGCUUUAUCUCUCUCCCGGAUGCAGCAGCAGAAGCGGCAACCGUCUGUCCGGUAUUAUUCUAAACAAAGUUUAUUAUAAAUAUCAUUUAACAUGAUCGAACACUCUCACUCUCAAAUUUCUUUCUCGCUUAAAUUGUUUUGAAAUUUUCUGCUUGUACUGAGAGUACGACGUUUUAAUUUGCAGUUGAGUACCUGUCGCCUCAAAGAAGCUGCACAACUCCUAGUUCACCUACAGAGACAGAGAAAUCAGAAAGUAGAUUCCUAUUUUAACUUCGCACAUUUAAAUAUUACAUUUGCUCGCAGACAAUAUUAGACUUAUCCCGUGCAACAAUACAUUUGCUCGCAGAUUGCAUUUACCUUGGGAACGGUGUAUUUCCUAAGCCACAUCGGGAUGGCGAUCUACAUUCAAGGUGGCUACGCGACGCCGGGAAAGGAAUACUUGCCGUAUUCUGGUUAUGCCAUGUUCUCGGACAUUAAGGACUUGUUCGAUCCCGACUACCGCAAAGCCUUUUGGCUAUCCGAGAAACCGCACGCGACGGGUACGCUGAAGAACUACGCGUUUCCACUGCUCGGUCGGGCGCCUGUCGUAACCGAGCAAGAGUUGCAAAAGUUGCCUUUUCGGUACAUGGUAGUGGCGCACAGUGGUAUACGGGAGGUAGUAGAACAAGAUGUUGACCACGCACUAGAGGUGGAAGCUAACUAUGGACUAGCGGAAAUAAGACGAGCAACGGAGCGGGGGCGAAGACUGAAGAUGAGAGCAAGUAUAGAUGAUCAGCACGUCAGGAUAAGCAUGUCGGUGGACCACAGAAGUUCAGCUGCAAAAACCAUGUAUUUCGGAAACAACAUGCCUGGUGUGCUAUCCUCAUCCAAUCGUCGUGACCGUAAAGAUUCUAGUCGUGCAAGGGGUCGAUGCUGUACUCGUUCCUCAUCGUCUCCCGCGAGUGGGUCGAAGGACCGACGACAUCCUGGGUCUAAGAGGAGCGGUUCUUUCAUUACAAGUACACAUCAAGGAAGCCGAGUAGACGAGGAAGAACCACACUCGAAAAGGGCGACCGCCUCUCCGAGAACCAGCAGUGGGUCAAGUCGCAAUAGCUGUAGCGAGUUUAUCUCGCGGUUGCCCCCACCUUUAGAUGUCAACAUGGGUAGGUCUUCACAAGGUAGUAGAAGCAGUAGUCGUAGUAAGAGUUGCGUGGGGAACAACCACACGAACACGCUAGAGAAAAACGAAGCAAUUGACGAUCGUCAACAACAUGCAUUAACUUCAUCUUGUGUUAGCAAUUCUGAUAGGAACACGAGAAGCCGACCCCUCACUCCGUUCCAGCAGGCAAAGCAGCUGUACGAUAGAAUUUGUGGAGGAAGUGCUGCGUCCUGGUGUGGGUCGGGUGGAUGCUCCGUAUUCGCAUCGGAUAACAAAGACCCGUCGCACUCGUUGAGGACGGCUUUGCUCAACAAACAAGAAGAUCCUACAACUGCUGACGGAAGUAAGACAGUACCUUCACCAGAAGAGCAGGGUCUUAGAAGUUAUCAAGUCCUGCAUCAAGAACAACAAGAUUCAUGUGAAGCAAUAUUGGUUAGUAAAAAUCCUGAUCAUGUAGUUGAGCAAAAGCAGGUGAGAAAAAGGAAAAACGCCAGUAGAGACCGUAAGAAUAGCGAUGUUAGGAGAAGGUACGUGGAGCACCAACCACUAGAGAUCGUGACGAACGUGGAGAUGACGCCGAAGAUGGACCUCUUACUAGGGAAGCUCACACUCCUAGGCUGCCUUGGCCGGGGAAAGUACUGCGAUAAGAAUAGCACGCGCCAGCUUCAGUUAGCUUUUGAACAGCUACGAAUAGAAUUCCUGAAAAGCCGACGAAUAUGUAUCAAGCAGGAAGAUGAACUCACCAGUCAGAUUGGUGAAUCCUAGAAUCCUAUUGAGACUCUCCGAGGGAGAAACAAAAAGUAGCGCAACUUUUGGUCGCACUUGUUGUAAUGAUACUUUUUACCAUAAAAAAGGGAAGAUUGAUAUUUUGAAUGGUACGCCUACGCAGUUGUAAAAAUGCUUUCAAAUCGUCGGUGUUUCUAUUUCUCUAAUGAAUCUUAUAUUACAUAUAAAUAUUCUAUCAGCAUGCUUCUAACAAUUGAGUUUGAGUGAAUAUACUUGCCUUGAGGCAAAAUUUAAUGAUAGAACUUUCUUCGAUUGAUAUGAGAAUAAGAAAUCGAAGUUUUUCAUACAGGAUGCAUGGAGAUGGAGAGUAGUUGUUUUCACGCUUACCCUCCCUCGCAGGCCAUAAACCUGCUAUACUAAGUGUCUACCGCAAUAUUAUUGAACUACUUACGCAAACUGCAAGCGUGGGAAGUCAUGGAUCUUUAUGUUGAUUAUUCGGGUACGACGAGAGGUCUCUUGCACCUAAGAAAACACGUAUGCACCGUUUACUUCUUGAUAAUCUCUCGGUCUCGCUAUUCAUUAGUUCGGAGAAAAUGCAAAACGAGUGCCUUAUGAGAGGACUUUUAUACAUAUAGAGCUAGGUACUUCGUUUGACGUAGUAAUGAGAGGUCAUCCGUUCUUUGAUCGUGUGAAGUGGUGCCAGGAUGAUGCUGACUUGUGUGCAGUUGAAAAAAGUUUGCAGAAAAAUGGAACCCUAUUUUUUUUUUCGGCGGCUCUCCCCAAAAAAUAUACUUUGCGCCAAUAUUGUAGUGCUUCAAUCCAAUGGCUUAAAGUAAGAUUUUUUUUGUAUCCCGAGCGAGUUCCGUAAAGCUUCCCUGCCUGCUAACGACUGUGAGGUGGGGCGAGGGUCUCUUUUUCACCUCACCACUCAGAUCGAUUAGCAUGUUGGAACUCAAAAAAAUGUGCAGAUCAUGUCUAAGAAUGACGUGGGCCGGUCCUCCAUUUUGUGUACUAUAGUGUUUUAGAAAGAUGGCCCUCUUCGGAGGUAAUGUGAUAAAGUCACAGAGGCAGCCACGAAGACGAAUACGAAAACACGAUUUGAAACGCUUGAAUAUAGCAUUUUUGAAACACCUGGUGUUG